AUGUCGUCAAAGCAUGUUGUUUUCGAUAUCGUCGGGACGCUGGUUGCCUAUGAUCAUGUGUUUGAUGCCCUUGAUGCUCGCCUAGGGGAUCGGCUGCGCGCAGAAGGUAUCAAGCCACGUCUGCUGGGAUACACCUGGAUGGAAGCUGCAGAGCGCGAAUACACAAAUCUUAGCCUGGCGCAGUCAUAUGUCCCCUUUGGGGAAGUUUUCCGUGCCCUCUUUUACCGCAUGCUUUGGAUGGCUGGCAUCACUGAGCCGCGAAAGUGGGCUUCACCCGAGGAUCUCGAGUAUAUCAUGAAAGAAUACCAGCUCCUUGAAUUCCGCCCCGACGCUGCGCAGUGUGUCCAGAAGCUUCGCGAUGCCGGUUUCACGGUUUGGGCCUUCACGGCUGCGGAUAUUAAUCGUGUGGGGGGUUAUUUCAAGAAUGCCGGCGUGGAGCUUCCCGCUGAGAACUUGCUGUCUUGUGACGAUGUUGGUGUCGGAAAGCCGGAUUUGGCAGCAUACCGACCUCUUCUAGAGAAGCUGAAGUCAGAGAGCGGCGGCAAGACGCCUUGGUUUGCGGCGGCGCAUAUGUGGGACGUAUCUGCUGCUAGGAAAGCUGGAUUCAAGGGUGCAUACUGCUCUGUGUGGGAGAAGGAGUCACUUUCGGAGCUCUUUGGAGAAAUGGAUGUCAUGGAUGAUACGUUGCCUGGAAUGGCCGACAAGAUCAUUGCCCACCAGGCGUCUUGCUAA